UGUUCCAGUCGCUGUGAUGGAGGACUCCGAAAAAGGGAUGCAGUGUGCCUGGAUACAGUAUCUAAACACGUUGUUGUGGAAGAAUUAUGUGACUCCUACCGAAGACCUAUCACUGUAGAGCCAUGCAACACAGAACCGUGUCUAGAUUGGAUUAUUUCUGAGUGGAGCGAGUGUUCUUCAAAAUGCAAUGAAGGAGAAAUGCACAGAGAUGUCACGUGUCCCAUAAGCAGUCACUGCAAUCCAAACACGAGACCUGAAGAGAAGGCGACUUGCAUAUUGCGACCUUGUAUUGAUUGGGUAGAUGGACCAUGGAGCCAGUGUUCCACAACGUGUGGUGGAGGGGUUCAAAUCCGACACGUGAAAUGUAUCAAUAUCACCUCGCAAGGUCCAGCAACUGGAUGUCCAAUAGAAAUGAAACCCAAUCAUAGACAACCCUGCAACCUUGAUCCUUGUCCGGACAGUAAAGCUGGUACGAUCAUCAACGUUAUCUUAAUCUAUACAUCAAAUUUAAAAUAAACAUCUGUUCAUUUAAUUUUAAAUGUGCCUAUAUAAAUGUAUACUACUCAAAGCAAUUAAAGGAUAUUGUAUGAAAUAAUAGUAUAAACAAAUUUUUUUAAUACAUAAAAUGGAAAAAGAGUCACAAAAGCAAUGUUUU